AUGGAGUUGGAAAAUAUUGUUGCGAAUACGGUGUAUAUAAAGGCUAAACGAAGUGGAGCUGAUGGAGACAAAGGUCGAAGCAGAAAGUGGAAAACAUUACUAGCCUUCCCUCACAUAUCUAAUUGUUUAUACUUGAAGAAAUGUUUAGAUUUGAGUUAUGAUUUUAUUGUGGAGCAGCAGCCGAUUGGAAAGAGACUGUUUCGGUUGUUCUGUAGGAGCAAUAAUUUCAUUUCGGAUGUCGUUGAUUUUGUGGAUUCUAUUAACACAUUUGCGGUGUGCAUUCCUAACGAACGUCAAAAGAUUGGAUUGGAAAUCUACCGCAGGUUUCUCUCAGACAUGAGUGGCAAAAGGUUCCAUCAGCUUGGAAACAUUGACGAUAACUCAGUGUUAAAUGCUCUAGAGGAGUCCAAUGACGCUUAUCCUGACAAAGAACUCUUUCGUUCAAUCCUCAAGAUCCUUGAAGAUUUCUUACGAAAUUCACCAUUUUCUGAAUUUCUAAAUUCAGUCUACUUUAAUCGCUAUCUUCAAUGGAAAUGGCUAGAAAAAACACCAGUCACCAAACACACCUUUCGAAUGUACCGAGUCUUAGGCAAAGGGGGAUUUGGAGAGGUGUGUGCCUGUCAAGUUCGGGCAACUGGAAAGUUAUACGCUUGCAAGAAAAUGGAGAAGAAACGCAUGAAAAAACGUCAUGCAGAAAAUAUGGCCAUGAUGGAAAAGGAAACAUUACAACGAGUCAAUUCUCGCUUUGUGGUCAAUCUGGCGUAUACAUUUGAAACUAAAGAUGCUUUGUGCCUAGUUCUUACAAUUAUGAACGGUGGUGAUCUAAAAUUUCAUAUACAUAAUAUGAAUAAUGGCAGUGGUUUCAAUGAGAAUCGAGCAAGAUUUUAUGCCGCGGAAAUCACUUUAGGUUUACAACAUAUGCAUACACAAAAUAUUGUUUAUCGUGAUUUAAAACCAGAAAACAUUUUGAUUGAUGAUCAAGGACAUGUUAGAAUUUCGGAUCUUGGCUUGGCCGUAUAUAUUGAACCUGGCGGUACAGCUAAAGGAAGGGUUGGAACAGCUGGUUAUAUGGCACCUGAAGUAGUCAUGAAUACACGUUAUACAUUCAGUCCCGAUUGGUUUGGAUUAGGUUGUAUUGUUUAUGAAAUGAUUAUGGGACAAGCACCGUUUCGUCGACGUAAAGAACGUAUUCGACGUGAAGAAGUUGAUCGUCGUGUAUGUGAGGAUACAGAAGAAUAUAAUUAUAAAUUUUCAGAUAAUUCAAAAAGAUUUUGUCAAUCUCUUUUACAAAAAGAUCCACAUUGUCGACUUGGUUGCGAUGAUACUGGUCCGAAGCCUCAUGCAGUUUACGCAAAGGAUGUCUUAGAUAUUGAACAGUUCUCUACAAUUAAAGGUGUUACUUUAGACAAUAAAGAUAUGGAAUUUUAUAAAAAGUUUUGUUCUGGUGCUGUCAGUAUACCAUGGCAGAAUGAAAUGCUAGAAACUGGUUGUUUCGAUGACCUAAAUGAAUUUUAUAAAUCUGAUGGAACUUUAGUAGAUAACUUAAAUCCAGAUACUCCACCUGUUCAACAAAACUCCACUCAUAGUCAAAGUUUUUUCAGUAGAUUGUUUAAGCGUAAACACCUACCUCAUGGUCCGCCUACCGAUGAUAAUCAACCAAUAAUUAAUAAUAACAACCCAGUAGACACUGAAGAACAAAUAACAACAAGUGGUGUUUCAUCGGGAUUAGAAAAGCCUAAUAAAUCUGGUUUAUCGAGUGCUGAAACCAAGUUUUCAAGUAAAGAACAUUCAUUUAAACAAGAAAAUAUUGUUAAAUCCGAUUGUUUAACAUCUAUAUCAACUAAUACACAAUGUACUCAGAAUGAUGAUUUUCUUACAACAAAAAACACCAAUAUCUAUAACAACUAA